AUGGUGGGCAAUAAUGCACCCGAAAUCCUCCAACCGCCACCAACGAAAACCUGGGCGAGUCUGUUCGAGGCUAAAACGGGCAUCAAAACUCCUAUCAAUCGUACGUCCACUUCUACAAAUUUAAGUCAACCAACAGCAGCCCAGGAGCGCACGUUGCCUACGUACAGUGACGAAGCCAACUCACACCGAUUGGGAGAAUUUCUCUCAAAUUAUCGGUUAGAGAAUCGUCCUGUUUCUCUCUUACCUCGCGGCCUCACUAAUCGCUCAAACUAUUGCUACGUGAAUGCUAUCCUGCAAGCCCUGAUCGCUUGUUCGCCUUUCAACAACAUGCUGAAAGCGCUCCCGUCGUCGCAAGCGCGUAGCGGCAAUUCGAGCACACCUGCAAUCGAUUCGCUAAAAGUACUGUGCUCGGAGUAUAGCAUGGUAGCGAGUUCCUCGCGUUCCGGGCACAGGCGGACGGCAGUCAUAGGGCCGCCGCUGGACGGCUUUGCGAGCGUCCGGGUGCUGAGGGCUCUGAGGCAAUUUUCUGGCGCACAGGGAAACAGACAGGAAGACGCAGAAGAAUUUCUGAGCUGUAUCCUUAAUACGCUCAAUGACGAAAUGCUCGAGGUCAUAAAAGCGAAUGAGCCCGAAGAACCUAAACGGGACGCCAUUGAAAAAUCGAAUAGUGUCGUCGCACAACACCAGUCUGUCUGUACGGUGCGUCGCACACCGGUGGCGGACAUCUUCCGCGGCCUAACGCGGACCCGCCUGCACCGCGCCCCAAACCGCAACGUCACGGACAACGUGCAACCUUUCUUCACCCUGCAGCUCGACAUUGAGCGUUCCAACACAGUUCAGGACGCCUUGGAACUCUUGGCAGCCAAGGAUGCCAUAGAAGGCGUUCCUGGUGCUUGGCAACAGCUCUCAUUUGCACGGCUGCCUUUAGUACUGCUGCUGCAUCUCAAAUGCUUCCAGGUUGACGGGAACGGUCACGCCAAGAAGAUCAUCAAGAAUUUUGAUUUUCCCGUCGACCUCAAUAUUCAUCCAAAAAUGAUGUCAUCGAAGCACACGUACAAGCAGCGCACGUACAAACUUUUUGCCGUGGUCUAUCAUGAAGGAGCACAAGCGGGCAAAGGUCACUACAUUACGGAUACGUUCCACAGUGGCGCUGGUUGGAUUAGGUUCGAUGAUGCAAUAGUGACGCAAGUGACUCUUGCAAAGGUAUUGAAGGCGACGGCACCACGAAUGCCGUAUAUUUUAAUGUAUCGCCGGCAUGAUACACUUCUACCACAUCGGCCUCCCGGCUAACCGGUGUACGCGUGUCCGAGAGAAACUAACUGUAGUGACCUUGAAAGUGAGUGUAAAUAGUAGUAUAAUAAGCUGACUGUGCUGUGUGUCAAAGACUUGUUAUAACAACAAAUUUACUAAAAUUUUAUCUAAUAUUAAGUACCUUUUACCAUAUCUGUUUAGUCAUGUAAGAUUAUUUCUGUUUUUUAUUAAUAAAAUUGUUGUGUAAAUUUAGUGUAAAUAAAUAUUGUAAAUUUUAAAUAAAUGU